CGUUUGGAAAAAAACUUGGAAGACAAAGAUCACUUUGCAGACAACAUGGCUAUUUGCAGAUUUCAAUCGAAUCGUUGCCUUAUUCUACUAGCACUAUCGGUAUUGAUCGCUAUAGUUUCACUUUUGGUCGUAAUCUCACAACGUGACGUCGUCAAUGAAAUCCCCGACCCGGAAUUUGAAUUGCCCCCGUCGAGUAUGCCGAUAGGCUUGUACAGCAAAGUCGGAGUAGUGUCAAACGGUGGACCGUGCGCACAGAUCGGAGUGGAUGUGAUGGCGAAAGGUGGAAAUGCCGUUGAUGCUGCUAUAGCUACGAUGAUAUGCGACGGUGCUCUAUGUCCUCAAUUUAAGGGUUUGGGUGGAGGAUUUUUAAUGAGUAUAUACAACGCCACCACCAAAAAAGUAAUGUCAAUCAAUGCCCGCGAAACAGCACCAUCAGCGGCAACUGACUCCAUGUUUGUAGAAGAACCUAAACUUGCUGUACACGGUGGUUUGGCGGUUGCUAUUCCGGGAGAACUUAAAGGCUAUUUGACCGUUCAUAAUUUAUACGGUGGUAAUGUUUCAUGGGCAUCACUAUUUGAACCAACUAUAAAGUUAUGUGAGGAAGGCAUGCUAAUCAGCAAACGUCUAGAGAUAAGUUUAAAAAAUGAAGAAGAAUUGAUCAAAAAUGACCCAAUGCUCAGAAAAGCUUUUUUCAAUGAAAACACUGGUCAUGUAAAGAUAGCCGGGGAAAUGUACACGUUACCUAAGUUAGCAGAAACUAUGAAAGUCAUAGCAACAGAAGGUGGUGAUGUCUUUUACAAUGGUUCGUUAGCGAAAAAAUUAAUAGAAGACUUAAAAAGGGUAAAUGGGAUAAUCACAGAAGAAGAUUUAGCUAACUAUAAAGUCGAAAUCGAAGAAUCUUUUACCGUUAACUUAAAAAGCGGGCAUACAAUACACGCGGGGCCGCCACCUGGUUCUGGUAUGAUAUUAGCCUACAUACUCCGUGUGUUGGACGGUUUGUUACCAGCACCCAACGCAGGCUUGGACGCUCAUCGGUUGGUAGAGGCUUUCAAAUUUGGUUACGGCGAGAGAACCCAUUUAGGAGAUCAUAAAUUUGUAAACGUGUCUCGAAUUUACGAUAAAGUGAAAUCGGAUAGUUACAUGGAUAAAAUACGUAGUAAAAUAUCCGAUAAUUUCACUUCGUCAGAUCCUAAAUACUACGGAGCUGAUUUUGAUAUGCCAGAAAAUCACGGAACUGCCAAUAUGGUCGUGAUCGAUUCAAUGGGAAACGCCGUCAUAAGUACUAGUACAAUAAACACAUACUUUGGUUCCGGUUUUACCUCUCCUAGUACCGGUAUUCUUUUGAAUAAUGAAAUGGACGAUUUUUCAACUCCGGGAGCCGUUAACUAUUACGGUAUUCCGUCUUCGCCGGCAAAUUACAUAGAACCGGGCAAACGACCGAUGUCUUCAAUGUGUCCAACUAUAAUCACAGACAAAAAUGGCGAUUUCGUUCUCGCGGCAGGAGCGGCGGGAGGAUCGAAAAUUACUCUAGCAACCGCCUACGUGUCCGCCCUUAAAUUAUGGUAUAAUAAGACACUGAAAGAAGCUAUAGACAAACCAAGAAUUUUUCACCAACUUGUUCCUAUGCAAAUUCAGUAUGAAUACGGAACGACUAGAGAUGUAAUACAAAAACUUAAAGAUAUUGGCCAUCUAGUGACCCGAUUACCAAAUACUGGAUUUUCAGCAGCAACAGCUAUCUCCAAAUCAAUUUUCGGAACGAUAGAAGCUAUGCCAGAUUUUAGACGACCAGGAAAUUCAUCUGGAUAUUAAAACCGUUUUAUGUAUGAUUUUUUUAAAACGUGUGCAUUAUUGUAUAAUAUUUGUAGAUAAUAUCAACAUUUAACAAUUUAAAAUAGUGUUUAUUAACCGAUUGGCUAAUUAAAUAUAAUCCAUUAAAUAAUUUGAAACUUUAAAAGUCAGAAUACUAGUAGUUAGUAUGAGCAAUUAAUAAUUAUAAAUUUAGUUUUAUGCAUAGAGUGAUGUAAUGUAUUAACCUAUAAAAAUAUGAUUUUUAAUAUAAUUUCUAAUAAUUUCUAAUUACAUUUUCCUAUUUUGUAUCAUCGUAAUAGUUAUAUUUAUUAACGUAAAUAAUUCUCUUUUUUCUUAAAUGUUGAGCAUUAUUUAAAAAUAUUAUCUUUAAUAUCUAUGAAUAAUUGUACACCACUAUUUGUCCAUGUGACUUAAUGGCCUUUCACUAGUAUACUUGUAUGAUGUUGAAUUAUUAAUCAAACGCUUUGAAUUUAUUUAAUUUUGAAUUUAGGUACCCUGUGCAGUAUUUGUGACAAAUUUACGAAUUUGUUUUACGUU